AUAGUCACUCUAAAUUCAACCAAUUUCAACCAACUUCAAAAGACAGCGUGACAACGACAAGGCACAAGGGAAGCGCAAUAUUUUUCAAUAUGGUUAGUAUUGAGGACGUUACAAAGGCUGCCAAUUUUAUGAAAGUUACUCCGGGAAAAAUCGGAUACAAUUCUGAAAAAAUAAUAACCAGGUAUAUACCAAAGUCUAACGAAAGUAUUUCUGGAUAUUGCUCUAUUUUGUUGUCUUUGGCACGAGAAAGUAAAAAUGAAAUUAUUAAAGAUAGUUUCAAAGAUAUUGAAGUCGAAUCGCAAGUAGCACAAUGGAUUGACUAUUCAGUCUUAUUUGUGUUACCGGCAGCUAAGGAUAAACAUAUUGCAAAGAUAGUUUUAGAGGAAUUGAAUAACUACUUAGCCGUGCGUUCAUAUCUGGUAAAUUACACUCUCAGUUUAGCAGAUGUAGUAGUCUAUUAUGCUCUGCAUGAUACACUGGCCACUUUAUCACCGUUGGAUAAGGAAAAUUACCUUAAUAUUUCACGAUGGUUUAAUCACUUACAACAGCAAAACGGAGUACGCCAGCAGGAAAGUUUGAUAAACUUUUCAACCUUACACUUACUAGGAUGGGCAACCGGAACCCACGUUUGAAUAAAUUUUCUCUUCAAAAUUACAUACAAUAGGUAACUAAAGCAAAAAAAAACCAAUAAACUCAGAAUAUAGAACACUGUUAAGCAUACC